CAGACUACAGGGAACUAUAGGCUGUGGUUGUAAUCAUCUAACAUUAAUGCUGGAUGUGUGGUGCUGGAGCUGCCUAUAAGGUUACUGCUGCAGCGGGCUUGUGGAGCAGAACAGUGAUGGGGUGGAGACUGUAAGUCAUUCAGGAUGUGAGUUUGUGUUGCCGUUACUGCUGGACUUGCUGUUAGACAUGGGCAGUGGAGCCUCUGUGAGUAGAAAAACAGGAGAAGCCAGCACACUGCAGUGGGAGAAGUUUCUUCAUAGCAACCAGGUUGCACCUAGUGCCCCCACACUGACUGAAGAUGAUCGUGUGAGUGGGGUCUACGUCCAGGGGAGAGGAACUCUCAGGACCUGCAUGUUUGAGGAACGAAUCAAUAUCUGCAGGUACUUUGAUGCUCAGACAGGCCUGUGGCUCCUGCUGCCUCUGCACUGGGAGAUGGAUGUUGAUUUUGUUCGCUACAGGGUCCAACAAGUCAUGAAAGCUCUCCCAGGACUGGCGGACCAGAAAGAGAUUGCUGCAGCACUCAGGCAGUGUAAUUAUGAUCCAGAUGAGGUCAUCUCCAUCUACCUCACCAUAUUCGGAGAUGUCCUCUUGGAGCCGCAUAAAGGGGCACAGUCUUAUCCUGAUUCAAACUUAUUCAGGAGUCAUUCUGAAAAGAAUCAGGUCAUUGAAGAUCUCCAGCAGAGGCUCCAGCUGAAAGAAAAGGAGGCUGAGGAUCUGCUGCAGAGAAGCAGCUGUCUGUCUCAGGAGUCUCAGCAUUUAUCUGAUGUGGUGCAGAAUCUGACCCGCAGAGUGGUCCAGCUGGAGGCAGAUAAGCAGGUUGCCAUGGAGAAGCUCAGAGCUCUUUUGAGCCAUACUAAUGUCCCGCCUGCCCGAGCUAACGUUAAAGCUUCAGUGGACCAUCAGCAGCUUCAGCAGGCGAGCGGUUUAGCUCGGGAACUGAGCGUCUCAGGCAAGCAGCUGCGCUCCACGGUGCACAACAUGCUUGCUGACAUGCAGGAGCAGCUGCAGCAGUUUAGAGCUGAGACAGAGCUGAUGAUUCAGAGACAGCAAGAAGCACACGGAGCUGUGGAGGAGCUCCACUCCCUCUACCAAAAGGAGGCCUCAGAGAGGAGAGCACUGUGCGGCAAGCUUCUGGAGCUGCAGGGGAACAUCCGAGUGUUCUGCCGCUGCAGGCGCCAGUCAGACUCAGCAGGAUCCACAGGCUGCCUGGAGGUGGUAUCUGACCAGGAGCUGCUGCUGGUCCAGAAAGGAGGCAAGAAGAAGUUCGUCUUUGACAGUGUCUUUUCCUCAAGUGCAUCUCAGGAGCAAGUAUUGGAUGGGACUCUACCAAUUAUAACAUCUUGUUUGGAUGGAUACAAUGUCUGUAUCCUGGCUUAUGGUCAGUCAGGCUCUGGGAAGAACUACACGAUGAUGGGCCUAAAUGACAGUCCAGGGAUCAACAUCUGGUCAGUCACAGAGUUACUGCGUUUGUGUAAGGAGAGAGAAAACUGCACAUACACGAUUAAGAUAUCUAUGCUGGAGAUCUAUGUGGAGAGCCUGAUUGAUCUCCUGUGUGAGAACCCACACAGUGAGGUGGAGAUCCGCACUCAGGGCAGGUCAGUCACUGUACCAGGCCUGACUCAGGUGGAGGUGAGAACAGACGAAGACAUCUUAAGUGUCAUGGAAAUGGGGGACAAACACUUACACCUCACUCCAGAUGAAGCAAACAUAGAAAGCUCCUGCUCUCAUCUUCUCCUCAUCGUCACAGUGGAGCGUACAGACAUUGUUUGUGGAGUGACCACGCGAGGCACACUGACUCUGUGUGAGCUGGCCGGCUCUGAACGCAUCUCUAAAACACAAGCUACUGGCCAGCGGCUCACAGAAACAGCCUCCAUUAACAAAUCUCUAAUGGCUCUCAGACAGGUGUUCAGCGCUCUGAAGUCUAACGCUCUUCAUGUGCCGUACAGGAAUUCUAAACUCACUCACCUCCUCCAGCCUUGUCUCAGCGGAGACGCUAAGGUCUGUGUGUUUGUGCAUGUUAGUCCUGAUGUGAAAGACGCUGCAGAGACUCUGAACACUCUUACGUUUGGAUCAUCCAUUCGACAGAUUGCCCUGGGCAAAGCACCGCAGAACAGAACUCCAGCAAAGACCACUAAGGCUGAGAAAUAA